AUCGAUUCACCCUGACGACACGGGACAUCCAGCAGACGGCUCUGCCCGCUCUGUACCAGGCACCAUAGCCGCCAUUUCUGUGCGCAAGUCAAGCUUCGCAUCUCGAAACCCAUCACUGGGUAGCGUGGUCAGAGCUUUGCCCUUGCCAACAGUCCCUUCCGCCUCGAAAAGACCAACCUCAUGGCGGCGACCGCGUCCUCUUUUCGGCCUAGGGGACCCUCACGCAAGCUAUCCUUCUCCACUCUUGCUGCUGCCACUCAAUACGAUCCUUCCUCUUCGGCAUCUACCUCGACAGCGUCACUGACCGCAAUGUCGCCUCCUCCAUUGCCUUCGCACCUCGUACGCACUCCCUCUUCGAGCGCAGAUGGGGGCAUUGGCUCCACCGCAUUGCAAGCCGGGCCAGGGGGCGCCCUCCUGCAGAACGGAGCGCCCAUGGCCGCAAACACAAUGACCAACAAGCCCGCCGUGGCCGGUGCCGGCUUGUACGGGUCUUGCAUCGUCCUACGAGAGCGCCUGUGUUGUGUGCCUGGCUUUCGUGACAGAUACCUAUCAGACGAGGCGACGAGCAGAUUACAGCAGUCAGGAGCCCUUGCGAAUGCUUCCAACGCCGACUCGGCAGCCGCAAACGAUCCCGUCACACAGCUUCUCUCCGUCUUCAGGCUGGGCAUACCCCUUUGCGAGCUCUACAACCUCACCAAUCCGGCAAAUCCCUUGCCAGUAGACCUACCAGAGGCCUCCACCACCGCCAACGUCUGUAAAAAAUACGUCGCCAAAUUCAUUAUGGCUUUGCAGCAUGAAAUGGGAUUCGACGCAGACGACGUUUUCACAGUGAUGCAGGUGUACCGGGAGAGUACCAACGACUGGGUACAAGUGGUUCGCGUCGUUAGUAGAUUAGUGGAUUGCUUAGAAGAAGCGGGAGUUUUGAUGAAGCCUGAGCGAGCAGCACAAAUAGAAGUGAAUCAAAAGCCCUCUGAUGACCGGGCAUUCAUCGUCAGAGAGCUUCUCGAGUCAGAAAGGAAGUAUGUACAAGACUUGGAGGUCCUGCAGACCUGCUCUAAAGCUUUACAGCAGUACGACAUUCUCUCGCCGGAUCGCCUGCACGAUCUCUUCAGCAACCUGAACAAUUUGGUAGACUUUCAGCGAAGGUGUCUCAUACAUCUGGAAGACAAUGCGAGAAAACCCCCAGAGGAGCAGAGAUUUGGCAGGGCUUUCAUAAUACUUGAGAGCAACUUCGACGUGUACUGGCCAUUCUGCUCAAAUUACGCGCGUGCUAUCGAAGUGGUUACACAAGAGGCAGCCAACAUUCAGCGACUGAAGGGCCUACCCGGCUCAGAAGGAUGCUAUCUAGACCCUGCCUACGAGCUUCCGGCUUUCCUCAUCAAGCCUGUCCAGCGAAUCUGCAAGUACCCUCUUCUUCUCGAGCAGCUGCUGAAGAAGUCGGAUCCUAAUGGGCCAUAUUACGAAGAACUUCGCCAGGGACUAGCCAUUGUCCAAAGAGGUGCCGUGCAGGUCAACGAGGUCAGUCGAGAACAGGAAAACAUUCAACUCGUCAAAGACCUCGAUGCUCGAGUCGAGGACUGGAAGACCCACAAUCCUGAGCUUUUCGGGCCCCUCCACCUAUCGGAGAAUUUCGUCGUGGCCAAGGGUGACACUGAAAAGGAGUACGUGGUUUAUCUCUUCCAGAAGAUCCUGCUCUGUUGCAAGGAAGUCUUGCCCGCACCUGUCAAGAAGUCUUCCAAGAGCAACUCUCUUCUCAAGCAAAAGACAAAUUCGCUUUCGCAGAAGAAGCCAAGGACAACACUGCAGCUCAAGGGACGGAUCUUCGUCUACAACAUCACCAAUUGUGCUGCCGGACCCGCUCAAUUUCCUUCCGGUGUUGUCCCACACUCGCUCACUGUGCAGUGGGACGGUGACUCUGGUGUAGAGUCGUUCACGCUAAGGUGCAAGAACGAGGAACAGAUGAAGCAAUGGCAUGUCAUCACCUCGAAACUGAUUGAGGAAGCAGCUCAGCUGAAGGAGCGCGAGCUGCAAGGGUAUGCACCGAUCAACAUGACGGGAGCAGGGGCCAAUGGCAUGGGCCGAAGGAAUACCGGGCCAGGCAGCAUGUUCCCCCAAACGCCUCUCAGCGAGACCGGUCAGGUGUAUCCCUUCUCCCGAACGGACAGCCAGAUGAGUCGAUACGGCGAAGAAGGACAAAAUGGCGGUGAGGUGGCCAACGGGGGGAGGGCAACGCCCAACGGUCUCACCCGAUUCUCGACACCAGCAGAGCAGAGGGAGAGACAAAUGUCGCUGACUUCGGACGCGGCCAAACCGCGAGCGAGGACGGAAGACCAGGAUUCCUCCGUGCUUCAGCAAUGGCGCACAAAUUCACCCGCAGGCCCUCCCCUUCCGCGUCAAUCAUCGAAUAGCAGUGGUACGGGCGCUGAGCAUACGGUGCGCAAGACAACGAGCGGGCGCAAUCUUCGAGGGAAUGGUGAACGAUCCGCAUCCUCCUCCACGGCAGCAGCACCGUAUCCGCGUCUCGUCAGGCAAGGGCUAAGCGAGUUCUCUCCCACUAGCACACCGAAUGAUAGUUCUGAUCAUUUGCCAGAUCAGCUUGAGCGGAUGCAGGUGGGACGCAGUCGCGGCGAGUCGAAUGCUGCCUUUCCACCUCGUCGAAUGAUGAGGACAGGCUCUUCAGAGAGCGCGACGUCGCGUAACCGUUCUGCGAGUGCUUCGCAAGCAAGUCCAGGAGGUCAGCAGCAUCAUGCGAACGCACCACCGUUGCCGAGGACACAACAGCAGAUCCUCCAACAACAUGGUGGAUCAUCGAGCGACCUGCACAUCAAUACCGGCUAUCCAUCACGACAAGUCGCUGCAUUGAGCUCCGCGAACAACAGUUCUGCUACAGCUCGGGAGCAAUACAAGCGUAAUAGUGCCCAACGGUAUAGCACCUCCAGCACUGCUACGUCUGAUUCGAAUCAGUCUGGUACCUCGCGCCCUGGUUCGACGGCAGCUUCCUCGCCACUCACAAUCAGUGGUAGCUCAGGUGGCGGCUCGCUGCCCAAGACCGGAGCGUCCGGAACGGCGCCUGUGCCUAGCAUCCCUCAGCGCUCUGGUUCGCAUGGACACUCUUACACCCGCAGCUCGGGUGGUGCGCCAGCAAGAGAUGGGUCCCCUAUCACGAAUGGCAAUGCAGUUCGGAUUCAGCUGCACUACAAUGAUGACAUCUAUGUCCUCAUUGUGCUUGUCAAUGUGACGUUUGCCUCUCUUCUGGAAAAGGUGACUACCAAAAUCCGCUUCUGCAGUGGCAAUCAGUCGAUCAGCGAAGCUUCGCUUCGGAUGCGCUAUAUCGAUGAAGACGGCGACAAAGUCAACAUGAAGGAUAAUGAUGACGUCCAGAUGGCCAUCGAGAACAGCAAGAUGACCGGCGAAGACAUCGAGGUCUAUGUCUCGUAGCACAUGCACCAGGCGGUCUCUAUCAUACAUGGCUUUUGCUCUCUACCAUUGCACACCUGGGGCGAUGGCGAAGUCCAUGAUUCAGGUUCUCCAAGCAAGGACUAUGCCGAUUCUCCUAAUUGUCCACAUUCUCUGUAUUCUAGUUUACCGGUUCCCUGAAGCCUCACAAUUAUUCCCAGCGUUCGACGUCUAUCUUCAAUGGUGAACUCCUUUCUUCCUUCGUUCUUGGACUGACAGUUGCGAGCGUCAUCUAGGGCCACCUCUUUGGACUGCAGUCAUCGACUGCGGUCGUC